GGAACUUAUUUUUUUAUUAUUUCAGCCCCCCGCGAUCAUUUCGUCGGGAUAAUUUUUUCUCCGCCUCUCUCCAAAACUUUGAAUUCAUUUUCUUCCCUGAUCGUUGAAUGAGGGUAAACACUCUCACUUCUUUAGACUCAUCAAAACUUGACAGCGCGUUGAGUGAUUUUUGCGAAGAUAAGGUGAUGCAUGAACUACCAGGCUCGCGAGAUAUUUGUCGAUAUUUGAUUUGCGUUUCGCGGAACUAAAGCAGAUCACAAACUUAUGGCGCAAAACUUAGGGGAUAAUCAGACUUUCUACUCUUCGCGAGCGCCUGAUAUACACAUUCAUACUACGAACAAGUCGAGGGCCAUGGCUGAUUGUACACUGGACGGAUCACUUUGGACAUCCCUAAUAUUCUUUUUUUUAAUUGCUAUCCUCGCCAUAUUCGGGAACGGACUUGUGUGCGCGGCAUUCGCAACCAACAAACGCCUCAGGAUUCUCACUAACUAUUAUGUCGUUUCACUGGCUGUGUCGGAUAUUUUGGUCGGGAGCUUUAAUAUCCCGCUUUGGAUGUACAUAAUGAAGAAAACCCAUUGUAAAAGUGAGGUUGACAACGGUUUUUACGAAGCUUUCAUCAUAUUCGACAUCUUGUGUGGUACGGCCUCGAUCUGGAACAUGACUGCCAUAAGCAUUGACAGAUUUGCGGCUGUGGUUUAUCCGACAGUUUACAAACAUCGCAUGAAGAGCACAAAACUCGCUGGCUGGACAAUCCUCGGUGUAUGGAUCUUUUCACUUUUCGUUGCCUUGCUUCGACUUGCAUACCAAAAAUUCAAUUAUGCCAUGUUUGUUGUGACUCUGAGCUUCUUUAUUCCGCUGUUGUUAAUCUUGUUUUCAUACGGAAACAUUUACCGCGUGGUUCGGUAUCGUGCAAAAUGGACUGGGUCCGUGUUGAUCGAGAUCAAACUGGCGCGAACUCUUUCGAUCGUGAUUGGUGCAUUCAUUCUCUGCUGGGGGCCAUUUUUCAUCAUCAACAUAGUAACCUAUUAUUGUGGCCACAAGACAUGUGAUUAUGAUGUUGCUAUUAAGGUAAUUAAAUGGCUUCAGUACGCGAGCACCUGCAUUAACCCUAUCAUCUAUACUAUCAGGAACCGUGAGUUUCGUUUCACCUUUCACAAGCUGAUUUUCCGUUGUAACUACAGAAAUGGAAAAUACGUGUUUAACCCCCAAGAAAAGCUAUCCAGUGGGUGGGGUUGCUGUCAGCUCGGCGGUCCCAUCGAUGUAGAUUUUGGCGAGAGUCGAUCGCGUUAUCCGACCUAUACCGAAGAAGCCAUGCUUUCUAGUUCGCGCCUUCGGAGUUCAACGACGCCUACUAAAGUUCAAGGGACAACUUUAGCCUUUGACAACUUAUCUUCGUCACAACACAUGCAGCCUAGUUGUGACACAGCUCAGCGUUUUCGUUCCUAACGUUUCUCACGGGAAAAGAGGACACAUGCAGUCGUAACACCUCCUAGGCUGUUAUUGCUACAAAGUAGUUGUACAUAGUACAGUUAAAAAAAGAACUGUACGUGAUAAUUAUGUCCGCUUGCAAAAAGUCUUAACAGUGCUUUGUGAUUAGUAGCGUAGAUAGAAAGACCCCGACUAUGAAGACAAAGGAUAGUGAAAAACCAAGGGAAACUUUCUGAGAUUUUGUUUUGCGAAAGAUAGACGAUAGAUCUAGCAGCGCCAACAAAAACAUCACCAAGUUACUGAUGAAGCGGGGCUGAAUUGAACAGAGAAACCUUUUGGACACCUUUCAUUCAAUUGUUCAGAAUGUGAUUUAGUUUUAUCAUCGUAAACCAUAAGCUACCAUAAGAGUAACUGAGAGGGUAUGACUCUCCAGAAAUAAAGAAGACAAAUUAAAUAACGUUUAUAAAAAAGAAAUCAUGACGUUUCUUAUGUCUUGGUAUAUUUCCGGAGUUUACUUUGGUUCUGUGUGUGCGGAAUUUUGAACGCUCGUUCCAAUUAGUAGUGACAAAUUGGAAUUGUAAUGCGAUCCGUUAGACAAAGUUUAUCGCAGAAAAUUUUUCUUUCAUAGAUGUUUCUCCAACGUGGGAGCUGCACUGUUGUUCUUGAAAUUCUGUAACACUUGUCGUGCGCAAAAAGUCCUUUUGGAGAUAUUAAAAUCUUUAAAUUAACAUUUCCUCGAGCUUAAAUUAUGAAAUCAAACUCUGUUUGAUAUCACAUAACACAACACUUUAUUCAGCAAAUUCGAAUCGCGAUCAACAAAAAAAACUGAACAGCCCUCUAAGAACAUGAAACCAAACAACAAAUUUCCCUGCUUAAAAUAAAUAAAUACUUUUUGGUUCACAAAUGUUUGUCACAUAAGUCUAAUCAGUUAUAUAAGAGCAAAUUUUCUUUCGUUGUAGUUUAUUCAACAUUCGUACAAGAGGUAUGAAGUUUGUUUCUA